CUGUCUCUGACAUUAGACUGAGUCACACAGAGACUCCAGCUGUGCAGCGAACAGACAGGAACCUACAACUGAGAUAACAGCAGACUUUACAACAGUAGAAGAUACAACAGUAGAAGAUACAACAGUGGAAGAUACAACAGUAGAAGUUACAACAGUAGAAGUUACAACAGUAGAAGAUACAACAGUAGAAGAUACAACAGUAGAAGUUACAACAGUAGAAGAUACAACAGUGGAAGAUACAACAGUAGAAGUUACGAUUUGAAAACAAAGAACCUAAACAAUUAAAGACCAUGGAUAUUGAUGAUCAUAUAUAUGGAAACGAAAGACCCAUCAUGCCCUGCAAGAAGGAUGGAGUUGGUGAUCAACAUUCAGUGUGGAAGAGACGUUUCCUAGCUGCUGCAGUGUGUCUGGGGCUGCUGUGUGUUCUCCUACUGGCUGGGAUCAUAGGCCUGUUUCUCUACCAGAGAAACCUAUUGAACAGUUACAACAACCUGACUGCAGAGAGAGACCAGCUACAGACCAGUUAUAACACCCUGACCAAAGAGAGAGACCAGCUACAGACCAGUUAUAGUUCCCUGUCUAAAGAGAGAGAACAGCUACAGACCAGUUAUAACAACCUGACCAAAGAGAGAGACCAGCUACAGACCUGUAAUAAAUAUGGCACAUGUCCCCAAGACUGGAUAAGGUCUUGCUGCAGUUGUUACUACAUCUCCACUGAUGAGAAAACGUGGGACGGGAGCAGAAAGGACUGUCAGGUGAGAGGAGCAAACCUGGUGAUCAUCAACAGCAGAGAGGAACAGGCUUUAAUCAAAGCGUUCAACAAAAAAGCCUGGUUUGGUCUGACGGACAUAGAAGUUGAGGGAACCUGGAGAUGGGUGGACGGCACACCACUGACCACAAGUUACUGGAACAAAGGGGAGCCAAAUGAUUUGCAGGGAGAAGACUGCGCUUUGGUUGAUAACACUCAAAAGGACCCAGUAGUGGCUUGGAAUGAUGUGCCAUGUAACCUCAAAAAUGGUUGGAUCUGUGAAAGGCAGCUGUGUUAAGUCUAUCAAUAACAGGUUUAGGUUG